ACCUGCUCAUCCGGCUGACGUCUACUAUGUGUCGAGGGAUGGCGCUCUCUUUUCUUCUCUUCUUCUCUGCCGUGUUGCCCUUACUCAGAGUGUCUGCAUCCUAUAAUACAUCUGCUGGUUGUGCUAUCAUCCGUCCUCCCAGAGAUGGAGGGAUAAGGUACAGAGGUCUGACACAAGAGCAGAUCCGCAGUGUGCAGGUGCUCCCGGUAGACUAUGAGAUUGAGUACAUCUGCAGGGGCAACAGGGUGAUUGUGGGACCCAAGGUCAGGAAGUGUUUGCCCAACGGCACUUGGACCGAUCUGAUCCAGCGCAGCAGAUGCUGUGAGUUUAACCUCAGCUGACUCUCCAUCACACAUUCAUUCAUCUCCCACCUGAAACACUGUUUCAGACCAAGCAGCAACCUCCGGGCCUGAAAUGUAAAGCGAACGCUGAAGCUCCUUAAAGCAGCAUUCUCACUAACUUCCAGCAGGGAGCAACUCCUCUGGCUCCAAAAGGAAGUUUGUUUCUUUUUGGACAUUUUAGGACAGCUGAAGACAUGAAAGGGGAGAGAGAGGGGG